AUGUUUCCACUCUUCUAUGCGCUCAAUCAUAUUGACAUUCAAGUACAAUCUGUAUUCUUUUGUAAAAUACGGCUGUAUAUCGUUCAUGUUCUUGGUCUAGUUCUGCGAUACGUUGUGGUUUUAGCUUGCAUUGACCGAUUCGUUAUCACACGAGCCAAUAUUCGUGUUCGUUCAUUGAGUUCUAUUCGAAUGGCGGUAGGAUCGACUAUGGUAAUGAUUGUGCUAUGUUUCCUGAUUGCCAUGCAUUUACCUAUUUUAACGAACAUUCGAAAUGGCGUGUGUGGAAUGAUUGGCCUAUAUAAAGUGAUCUAUUCAUUUUAUCAAAUUAUCGUAGUUGGCCUCUUGCCACCCAUCUUAAUGAUUAUCUUCAGUGCUCUGACUAUUCAAAAUCUCUGGCGGCAGCAUGCUUCUCGCUUGAGUGCUAGACGAAGAGACCGGAAUCUCAUGCGCAUGCUCAUCGCCGAAGUCACAGUGGACAUCGUCAUAUCAAUUCCGUACUCAGCAAACCUCAUCCAUGGAGCAGUAGUGAAUAAUUCAGCAGGAAAAAGUACGAAGCAAAUCGAAAUUGAAACAUUCAUUACGUUCUUCACGCAAUUUCUUAUCUAUAUUACCAGUGUAGUACCAUUCUAUCUUUUUUUGUGUGCAUCCAAACCAUUUCAAAGAGAAUUUCUUCUUUUGAUUUCGAGAUUUUGGUAUCAAUAUGUAUUACGACGAGUUCAAGUCAGACCGAUUCGUGAACAAACAAUGACACACGUUUAA